AUGGCGGAAAAAGCGAAAACAAGUUCGCUUCGGCUUCUUGUAGCGCUAGCUCUGGUGUUGUUACUCGUGUAUUGCGUGUCACUGAGUGCCUUCGUCGUUUAUUUGAUGCGAGAUUACAACGAGUUGAGACAUUACGUCCAAGAUUUGCGGGGUAGAGUUGUUUUAUUGGAGAAGGGAACAGUUAACGCUUCUAAGACGACUGUGCCGCCCUCAAGCACCCAAGACCAGCGUGAAAACAAGGACAAAAGACCUCAGAUGACUGAAAUUGUUGACAUCAAGAACGUUUUCCAUGAGAGGCGCAAAAGAAACUCUCCAAGCGCUUGUGGGAAGGUUAUGUGUCCUAGCGGACCCCCCGGCCCUCCAGGACCGUCAGGUGCCAAGGGAAGAAGAGGAAAAAAAGGACAACAAGGUCCCAUCGGUCAAAAAGGACCAGCAGGUCCACAGGGUUCCCAGGGACCCUACGGGCCACCAGGUCCUUCAGGCGAAGUAGGUCCACCUGGGCCAAAGGGAGACCCAGGAGAAUUGGGAGAGAGAGGACCCCCAGGACUCAUGAUGCGAGAGAGUGCUCACUUGGUUGGCGACGGAAAAAGAGUACAUCAUGCUGGCACCGUUCAUCGUUGGAAGGAAGGCCACGUCAAUGGAAGUAUCUUGUUCAGACGACAUGUGGGUCACCUGGUGAUCGGUCGUUCUGGAAUGUACUAUGUUUACAGCCAGAUGUAUUACUACGAUUGCACCAGCUACUCAAUGAACCACUACACUGUUCUAAAUGACCACAAAAUCCUCGGGAGCGUCUCAAGCACAGUGAAUUGCUCGAGAAAGUACAACACCAACUUCCAGGGAGGCGUUUUUCAUCUGAAUCGAGGCGACAUUCUUAAAGUGGAAGUGUACAGGAGUAAGAUUUACUUCAUGGCGGCUCCUUAUAGUUACUUUGGAAUGUUCAUGUUGUAUCCUGACUACUUGAUGAGCCUAAAUCUGUCGCUUGGUUUUUUUUCCUCAGGUAUUAAAUGUAAAAAAGGCUGCAAAGGCAAGAAAGGAGAAAAGGGCGACCCGGGCCCUCCCGGACCGACUGGGACGAAUGGAACCAAUGGCGGAACAGGUCCCCAGGGCCCACGCGGAGCAAACGGUCUUAAGGGUGACAUGGGACCUAAAGGAGAGCAAGGUCCGCCAGGACCUCCCGGCCCACCCGGAGUAAUGGUAAGUGUGCAAACUAGUUACCAGGUUCUGUCUUCUUCCCGCUUCCUGGAGGAAGAGAGGGGGAAGGAAAAGAGAGACCCUGGGAGCUAGGUUGGCAAGCGAGACCGUUUUUUGCUUUGUAGCCUCGCUUCCAGGGAUUGUAAAUACUGGAAGAUGAUGCUCUACAAAUGUUCUGGGUAAUCUGCUUUUCCCUCGUCCUACAAUUUCGACAAGCAUAACAGAAGCAUAAACUGUAGCUUCCUUUCUACCUAUGAAGUUAAUAAGGAGAGAAUAGGCUCAUGUCCUUACAGAUACUUGCAUUCGUGAUAAAAAACCAACGAUGAUCAAUAAAUGAUAAGCAUGUAUAUCUUGACAGUGACAAUGGGUCAA